CUUCCGGCCUGCUCCACCACUGCACAGAGGAACCCUCCCCAGUUUUGGGGAGGGGAAGGGGUGCAUGGUGGGGCGGAGCCGGGCCUGGAGAGCCCGGGACUUUCCUGGGCCCUUAAUGAUCCCGGGGGAGCCGGUUAAAGCCGGAGACUGGGUGUGUGUAUUGGAGGUGGGGGGAGAGACAGUGGAAGGAUUGGGGUCUGGAGAUAUUGGAAGCGAGGGUGCUUAGGGUGCAUCAACACCACAAGAGUAUAGGGAGGGACGGGACAGGUAUGGUUCAGGGUGUAAUGUCAGGUCUGGAGAGCCGGCGCAGGCGAGUAAGAGGCUGUGUGUUUGCAGCUCGAGAAUGGGACUAGCAGCCUGGGCACCCGGGCACUGGGUAUGGCCCAGGGAUCAGGAGCCGGCAUCCCUUUGCUCACUCCUGUUUACUCAUAUGAGGGAUCUUGGGCUGUGCACUAGUGAGUUUUAAAGGAUUGAUGGAAGACCAAUGUGCAUGAUUCUUUGUUUUUGUGUGUCCUGCAGGUGGGCCCCUGGGUUUGGAGGUGUAGAUGUUUUUCUGUGCCUGAGUGUGUGUGCACCCAGAGAGCUGCUGACCAUGAAUCUGCUGUGUGUUUGGAUGUGAAUUUAUGCGUACACUCUGGGGAAGGUGGGUAACAUUGUUCACGGCGAGGUUUUGGUAGCAGAGGUGGAGAGGCCUGCGAGUACAUCCUACUCAUCCCUGCCCCUCAGCAGCCCUUCUCUUCUUUACCUUGUCUCUUGGUGACCUGAUUUGAGGAGCCCUCUGUCACCUUUUUGUGAUGUGGAGAGAAAUGAGGAGCGUCGCUUGAUUUUCUCUGAGACAAGCCCACCCGUCCAGCAAAAUAGAGUCCUUCAGGGUGACGGUUGAUUUCCUGAAGGUGCCCCUUGGCCUGAAGAAGCCAGUGCUGAAGGAGGUGGCUGUGGGGCCCCCGCAAAGGCCCCAGCCUGUGGCCCUGGAGCGCUACAAGGGACGGCGUUCAGACGCCAUGGACACUGAGUCCCAGUACUCAGGCUAUUCCUACAAGUCAGGCCACUCCCGCAGCUCCCGCAAGCACAGGGACCGCCGGGACAGACACCGCUCUAAGAGCCGAGAUGGGAGCCGUGGGGACAAGUCAGUGACAAUCCAGGCUCCAGGGGAGCCCCUGCUGGACAAUGAGUCCACACGGGGGGAUGAGCGGGAUGACAACUGGGGGGAGACGACCACGGUAGUAACAGGCACCUCAGAGCACAGCAUCUCCCAUGAUGAUCUCACGCGCAUCGCCAAGGACAUGGAGGACAGUGUCCCACUGGACUGCUCCCGUCACCUGGGGGUGGCAGCAGGGGCCACACUGGCGCUGCUCUCCUUCCUCACGCCACUGGCUUUCCUGCUGCUGCCCCCUCUGCUCUGGCGGGAGGAGCUGGAGCCCUGUGGGACGGCCUGCGAGGGUCUCUUCAUUUCCGUGGCCUUCAAGUUGCUCAUCCUGCUGCUGGGCAGCUGGGCCCUGUUCUUCCGCAGGCCCAAGGCCUCGCUGCCCCGUGUCUUCGUGCUGCGUGCCCUGCUCAUGGUGCUCGUCUUCCUGCUUGUCAUCUCCUACUGGCUCUUCUAUGGUGUGCGCAUCCUGGACGCGCGGGAGCGCAGCUACCAGGGUGUGGUGCAGUUUGCUGUAUCGCUGGUGGACGCCCUGCUCUUCGUGCACUACCUGGCAGUGGUCCUGCUGGAGCUGCGCCAGCUGCAGCCUCAGUUCACACUCAAGGUUGUGCGCUCCACCGAUGGAGCCAGCCGCUUCUACAACGUGGGCCAUCUCAGCAUCCAGCGAGUGGCAGUGUGGAUCCUGGAGAAGUAUUACCAUGACUUCCCUGUCUACAACCCUGCCCUUCUCAACCUGCCCAAGUCCGUCCUGGCCAAGAAAGUGUCUGGCUUCAAGGUGUAUUCCCUCGGAGAGGAAAACAGCACCAACAACUCCACGGGCCAGUCCCGGGCUGUGAUUGCAGCAGCUGCCCGGAGGCGGGACAACAGCCACAACGAGUACUACUAUGAGGAGGCUGAGCAUGAGCGGAGGGUGCGAAAGCGGAGGGCCAGGCUUGUGGUGGCUGUGGAGGAGGCCUUCACUCACAUUAAGCGGCUACAGGAGGAGGAGCAGAAGAAUCCCAGGGAGGUGAUGGAUCCCCGGGAGGCAGCCCAGGCCAUCUUUGCGUCCAUGGCCCGUGCCAUGCAGAAGUACCUCCGGACCACCAAGCAGCAGCCUUACCACACCAUGGAGAGCAUCCUGCAGCACCUGGAGUUCUGCAUCACGCACGACAUGACGCCCAAGGCCUUCCUGGAGCGGUACCUGGCAGCUGGACCCACCAUCCAGUACCACAAAGAACGCUGGCUGGCCAAACAGUGGACACUGGUGAGCGAGGAGCCGGUGACCAAUGGGCUUAAGGAUGGCAUCGUUUUCCUCUUAAAACGCCAGGACUUCAGCCUGGUGGUGAGCACCAAGAAGGUUCCAUUUUUCAAACUCUCUGAGGAAUUUGUGGACCCCAAGUCACACAAGUUUGUUAUGCGACUGCAGUCUGAGACCUCAGUGUGAUUGUGCAACAGCAGGGGAGUGGGUGAUGCCGGGCUCCUGGGGUGGUGGGAGGGGCUCAGGGCUUGGAACUCAGGCCCAGCCAUAUUCUUGGCUGACCACCUCCUUCUUGCCCCCCACCUUUUUUUUACUUGAAUUAACUUACCCCCAUCCUGUAUCUUCCCUUCUUCCUUAUUCAUCCCACGUGAACCUGGAGAGAUCAUCCUGCUGUCAAUAGUACCUGGGAAGUUCCCUCUCCCGCCCACUCCCACUUUUUUAUCAUUCCAGGCCCUGCAAAAUUCAGUGCCUCUCUCGAUCUCCUUUCCCCGGAUGACAGUCUUUUCUGAAAGUGCACAGGGCUCUCCUGAGCCUCCACUCUUGAACCCAGGUUCUUGUGGCUCUUCUCUCAAGUGGCCCCCAAUAAAGUGUCUCUGGGAGUCACAGACAUGACUCCAGAGAACCGUGGUGCCAAACUCCUCCGGGGCAGCAGCUCUUCCCGACCCAGCUGGUAGGUGAUCCGCCUCUCCUGCCACGCACCCCAUGUGUAACAAACCCUGAGUUCUUGGGGCAAGGAUAUGCCGUAUCCCCCAACACUGCCCCAGAGUUAGGGGUCCCCUGCCAGGAUUAUUUGCUUCCAAUUGUUAGAGCCUCCCUCUCCCAUCCACACAUAUUUAGAGCAAAGGAAGAUCCCUCCUUUACCCUGAAAUCUCCAUCUUCCGUUUCUGACUUGUAUGGUCACAUGCGACCACAAGCAAACUGGGGCAGAAACCCUCUGUGAUGCCCUUUCCUGAGACCUUUCUUCAAAUGGCUUUUUUCUAGGCAUCUUCUGAGGGGAGGGCAGGAGAGACCCAGUAAACAUCACCAACCCCUGACCUCUGUACUUGCCCUCACCUUCUUUCCCACCUUGGUGGGGCAGGUUCCCCCUCCCAGUGAAGGGUGGCAUAUAGACUCCUGUAUAGAAUUAGUGGCUUGCAGACCCCAAGCCAACCCCGGUGGUCUUAGGCAAAUAUUUUUCUUUCCUUCACCAGCCACCCCGAGUCUUGCUGUGUCUUCUCUCAGCUCCAGAGACCGGUUGCCUCAUCAUUUUUGUGGGGGGAGCCAGCAGCUCCUCUUUAUCCCCUGCCUUAAGCCCACUUCUUUGCCUCAGGGGUCUCUUUUCCUUGGCUGGCCAGGUUUCCCUCCACUCCUCCCUUUGCCUGGUUCUCUGGGCUCUGGUCUCCCUCUGUAUUGGGGUGAGUGACCAGGAUUGCUGCCUUUUGUGUGGGUACUUAGCCCCUUACUCCAAUUACCUUCUAUAGUCUUUGCACCCAGUCCGAAUUCUUGAGAAUUUCUGUCUCAUUUUGAGCAAAAUCGCCGACCUUCUAAUACAUAUAUUCAGUGUAAAUCUGAGCCAUUAAAUCAUGUAGUUUUAGCCAAGGGCAAUAGAACUAGGAAGCAUCCAGAUACCUCCAGCCAAGAUCCACAUGGCAACAGUUCUCGUGGCUGGGCUGGAGUGUUCUCCUGGGUCAGCAAUCUGAGUAACACAAUGUCCCUUAUAGGCCUGUCUUUCCUCUGAAAACUCAUUGGUUAUUUCCUUUCAGAGUGCACCCUGAGGUAAGGUCCCCACCGAUGUCUCAGGAGGGAGGCUUCUUCUCUGUGUAGCAGCAGUCCUGGGCUGGGUGGGCCUAGUGAUUGGCCUUUCUCCUGCUGUUCUUUCUGAAAAAGCACACCUGUCCACCCACCACUUCCUAGAGAAGGGCUCUUCAGCCAGUGCUUACCUCAUUCCCACAGGGCUAGAUUGCAGGGCUGCCUUGGACCAGGCCUCGAGGUCUGCCUUGGGCUGAGCUCUGGGUUUUUUGGAUAGGCCUAAGUGAAAUACAUCCUCUCCUGGGGAGUCUUGGGAAGGUAUCUUUUCUUCUCUUUAAAGACCUGGUUUUAGAGUCGCCCCCUCUGGGUCACAUUUCUAAAUACCUCACUAUCCUGGAAAAUGGGGCCUGGAUGGUGAAUCGGGGUCAUUGCCUUUGUGAGCAGGAGUGGGAUGUGGUGUGGUUUGAGGAAGCGAGUUGGGGCCAGGGUAGGGAGAGUAAUUGGGAUCUUAGUUGCUGCCCUAGGUUAGGGGCAGGGGAGUGUUUAUUUUAAGAACCUACCAUGUUUUUAAUCACUGUGAUUCUUUCAUUUUUUUUUCCUAAAACAAAAAAUUUUCUCCCCAACUCUUUCUCUAAGCACUAAGGGCUGUGACAGAAUCGUGGUGUUUUGGUCCUUUGUGUCGGAACUGUGGUAUCUUUGUUUUCUUUGAUUAUUUUUAUUAUUAUUUUUUUUUAAUGUCCGGAUGAAUUGUCAAGUGUGUGGCUGUGUUUGUGUUUUGCUUCUAUAUGGGAGGUUGUCUUCAUGCUGUGAAUUGCUGUGGGAUCUGCAGCCGACCCAGUCCCUCUGAGCAGUGUCCCAUCACUCGCUGGAUUUUUUCAUUCUUCCCUGGUGGGGGUGUGUCCUCUUGUUGCCACCUCUCUUCCCCUUGUAUUACUAUAGGGGAUGCUAUGGCUGGAUCUCUCCAGUACUCUUUUUUUCUAUGACUACUUGGCAUCCUAGUGCAUCUCCAUCAUGCUUACCAGGCCUUCCUUUCUGUCAUUUGGAACACUUGUCCUCCUUCCCUUCAUACCAGGACACUGUGCCUCAGUCCUUCACUUACCUUGCCACUCUGCUUCUGUCCUCAUUGGUUCCUUUCUCUAAACUACUCUUCGUGCUCUGUUUAUUCUUGUUUAUUUCCCUCUAGUCUCUCAUUAUUCUUCCCAUCCUCCCACCAUAUCAGCCCUUAAUUUCUUGCUUCCCCAUCCCCACCUCGGUAUUCCUGUUGUAAACCCUGAUACAGUAGCUGUGAUGGGACAUUGGGACCCCUGAACCUUCUCAUCGUAAACAUCUAUUUCUCAGAGUUUGUGCCUCUCCUUUUUUGGGCCCAGAUGAGCUUCCUGCCCCUCCGUGGUGUCUUUCAGUAUGUCUUCUCAUUCGUCUGCCCUCCCCACUGGCAACAUCUGCUGAUGUACUUGGUCCUGCUGUGUGAUUGUUGUGAUUUGUUCUUAUGUGCGUGAAAGGAAGAGGGCUUUCGGAGUCCCUUCCAAGUGAGAUUGUAAAUGUAGAAUUUUCUACUGUUGGAUAUAGAUUUUUUUCUUUUCUUUUUUUGGGGGGGCGGGGUUACAGAGCUGAGACCUUGUGCAUGCAUGUAGAAAAUAACAAAAUGUAAAUUUUUUUUAAUAUAUAAAAAGCUUGUUUUUACAGCUUGCAGUGGAUCUAAACAUUUUGGCAAUUUUAGGGAUUUUUUUUCUUAAACAUAGGAACUAAAACUGUACAAUUUUUUUUUAUAUAUAUAAAAUAAA